ACUGGGCCGCAAGGGCGCUGGGGAGCGGGAGGGGCACGAGGCGCGGAUGGUAGCGAGGGGUCCCCGAUCGGUCCCCAAGAACUGUUUUCUCCCUCCCUUGGCAAGAGCCCCGCUCCGUCCAAUUGACCGAAAUUCACCAAGAGCGAGGAGGUGGAGGGAGAGGUCACUCAUUGCAUGUUACUGGCUGUGCCUCUCUUGACUCCAGCCUGGGGAGCGGCCCGGGCCGGCUGGACAAGCAGUGUGAGCUCCCGCGCCCCCUCCGAGGCAGAUCGCAGGGUGGCGGUCCCCACUCCGCUCGGCCGCGCUGCCGCUCCAAUCCUCCCCCUCCCCCGCCCGCGUCCUCCUCCUUCCUUUCACUAGGACUCCGGGACUCGGGAGAGGGCGCGGGAGGCAGGCACACGGGCCCGACCCCACUCCAGCGCUCACCGGGGACGCGGGCGGGCAGCAAGGGGACGCGGUGGGGGCGCGGGGCGGGCGCGGCCAUGGAGCGGCGGCGGCGGCGGCGGCAGCAGUAGCGACCGCGGGCGGACGAGCGGCGGGCAGGGCCGCCCGGCGCCGCGGACUGAACUGCACAGCUCAGCAAAAGCGCCCUCGCCCUCCGCGCGCCGCCUCCUGCGAGCCCAAGCCCGGCAACAUUUUUUAAAGCUCCAAUCCAUCCUUUGAAGAAAAAGAAAAAAAAUAGCAUUGAACAGAGAGACGGGGAUAUAUAUAUACAUAUAUAUGUAUAUAUAUAUGUGUGUGUGUGUGUGUGUAUACAUAUACAUACAUACAUAGAUAUCAUUUUUUUGGGCUCCUGCUAAAAUUAGCUGGGGUCGCCGCGCGCCUGUGUGCGAGUGUGUGCGAGUGUGUGUGCGUGCGGGCGUGUGUGUGUGAAUGUGAUUACUCCAGGACUCCUCGGGCUCCGGAGACGCCAUUUUCCCCCUUGAUAUCUCUCUCCAUAAAUCGGUGGCGCGGCGGAGGCGGCCGCGUCGGGCGGGAAGCGCGGGGCCGGCCGGGGCGCCCGCCGCUCGCCGCCGCCUCCGCGCGCCUGGGGGCCCCGGCGCCCCCCGAGCGAGGGCGGCCCGCCCCGCGGCUCGCCGUUUGACAGAUGCUCAUCGCCAUGGAGUUGCCGCAGCAGCACCUUUGGGGGUUCGGGGGAGCGACCGGAACCAGGAUCUGAGCGAGCGCUGGGGCCAGCGGAGUCGGAGUCGCCGGGACAUGGUUGCAGAUCUGAUCUCUUCUGAACACCUCGCCGUGUCUCCAUCCAUGGGACUCUGAGCCCAGCAGCCGGACUACUUUUUUCUUGGAAUUUUGGGUGUUCUCUCCUGACCUUUCCCCUUUGCCCCUCCUGAGAACUCCUGAGGACUAUAGGAUUGUCAUGGAGUCCAGGGAAAUCUUAAGCAGCUCCCGGCAAAGAGGGGGCGAGUCGGAAUUCCUGCCGGUCUCCUCAGCCAAGCCCCCAGCUGCCUCUGGCUGUGCAGGAGAAGCCUUGCUCUCUGCUUCAGGACCUGGGAAGGGCAUCCCAGUGGGCGGAGAACGCAUGGAGCCAGAGGAGGAGGAUGAACUGGGCUCAGGGCGGGAUGUGGAUUCCAACUCCAAUGCAGACAGUGAGAAAUGGGUGGCAGGAGAUGGUUUGGAAGAGCAGGAGUUUUCCAUUAAGGAGGCGAACUUCACUGAGGGGAGUCUGAAGCUGAAGAUUCAGACCACAAAGCGAGCUAAGAAACCCCCAAAGAAUCUGGAGAACUACAUAUGCCCACCUGAGAUCAAGAUCACCAUCAAGCAGUCUGGGGACCAAAAGGUGUCCCGUGCUGGGAAAAAUAGCAAAGCUACAAAGGAGGAAGAAAGAAGUCACUCCAAAAAGAAGGAUUACUGCUGAGCACAAAGGACGACUCAAAAUGAAAGUUCUAAAGUGGUGUGAAAGGAACCACCAAGUAGGACUAUGCUGGCAGCUGGCUGCCACACUGCUGGCCUUUGCAGAAUAGGUCCUCCUUCUCCAUCACUCAAUUUCACAUUCAGAAAGCCCUGCCAUUGUUCCAUUUCCAGUUGACUUUCAGUUGCAUGUCCUUAUUUUAAAUUUUUAAUAAAAGGCAAAAGAAACUAUCCAUUUUUGCCCUCCUUUCAUCCUUUGGCUCUUCUAAUUGUUGCAAAUUUAAAUAAAAAACACCCCACCUUUAAAGAUUAACAUGUAGCACAUAUCAGGGCAUCCUACACCUGUCUUGCUUGCCAGGUGGGGAGAAAGUGAUGUGGCACUCAGAGCCCCUGCUGGGAGGCAUUGAAACCAUGCAUUUUAGGGGGGUUUGUUUACUCACAAUAAACUAAAAAUUUGUCUUAUAAUUUGCACAGGGCCAACUGCUUGGAGGAUUGUUUUUAACUUGUAUUGCCUUAGAGUGACUAGGAGGGUGGUAAUAAGGCUCUGGGAACUUCCCCCAAGGAGGAAUCAGUGGCCAGAGGAGAGGGCAACAGUUAACAGAGUCAGAUCUCCAGGAUGUGUAUGGACAGACAGACACAGCAUGCAGACACCUACACAGAAUGGACUCUCAGCCACUCUGUUUGAUACUGAGUGUUCAUAAAUGUUGGUUGGAGAAGCAGUGAACCCCUGUUGCUGAAGGUGUGUAGGAGAGGCCACCAUCGCAGUGUGUCAGAACAGGGACAUCCAGAGCCCUGAAUGGCAGGAGGUGUGUGCAGCGUCAUUUCUAGGACUCUUUCCCACGUUCUGUCACGUUCAGUGGACACGUUCAUAAAUGGCUUAUGAAGACCAUUUCUCUCUGAGUACAGGCUGUUGGUCACCCCCUCCCCCCGCCUGCCGCUCCCUUCUUCCCAGAGUCAACUUCCCUUACCUCCCCAUUGGUCUGUGACCUCAACCAGGGAAACAAUGCAGGCCUUUCUUCACUCUGAACAGUCCAAGCAGUUCCCACCUUGUGAGGCCAUUUGAUAAUCAUCAUUAGUAUCCAUUGCAGGUUACUUCAGUGUGUUUUCUAGACCUUGUUUAUUUUUUUCACAGAUAGUCUUUGCCUCCUAUACUUCUGGUCAGUUUCACUAUGAGGGUUAGAAGAUGAGGGUGGGUAGAACAUUCUGGAAAGGAGGUAGAUUGUGAUUUGUCCUUUAAGGCAGGCAUAUAUUUGUAAAUGCUAAUAAGGCAUUUACAAAUAUAAAUUCACCUAGGAGUGUGGCAGCCUUUUAUGCCAGGCCAGUUGUUUCCUUUGUUUAGUGUUGUGAAUGAAACCCAGCUAAGGAAUUUCAGCACUUUUCACAACAAACUGAUUUCCUGGGGACCCAACUGAUCUCCUGUGAGAUCAGGGGUGCAGAUAUUUGAAGGGAGCUAUUUGAAUGUACAAUGGGACUCUCCAGGAUUUCGCCACCCCUGCCCUCUUUGGAAGGUGGGGGCAAGAUGGCUCACAGCUAUAAUCCUAGCUACUCAGAAGGCAGAGAUCAGGAGAAUUGCGGUUCAAAGCCAGCCUGGGCAAAUAGUUGGAGAGCCCCUAUCUCAAAAAACCCCUCACAAAAAUAGGGCUGGUGGAGUGGCCUGGACAACAUGGGUCCACAUUUAGGUUGCACUUCUGGAAUCAUGGAAGUCUCUGAAAUUGAGAAGAGCCUCUGAGUAUUGCUACUGCAGUGUCCCCCCUAAAAGAACAAAACCCACCCUCUAAAACUCCUAAUGCAGUUAUUUCAUGCUUAUUGGAGGCCCUCAGAGGGGGCUUGCCAUCUCUAGAGGCAGCUUUUGUUUUAGAAAGUUGUUUCUUAACAUUGAACUGAAAUUGUCUCCUUUAAAGCUUAAUUUUUUUUCACUUCCUGAAAGUGUUCUUUGGAUUCAGGAUGCCAAAUCACUGAUUGGUGUAUGAGGAAUAAUAGAUAGGGAGAGCUCACAGAGCAGAGUACAAUGCCAGGAAGUAAUCUGGCCUACAGGGUGCCAGGGGAUUAUAACCUCUUCUUUUGGGGUAGUACCUUGGUUAACAUGACCGUGAGCUAUGCCAGCUUUCUGGUGACUUUAUAAUUGUUGAUAGAAACUGAAAUCAAGGUCAAGGAAACCCUCCAAAUUAAUAUUGCCUUAUGCUGCUUUUGAUGGUCUUAUUAUCAACUCUUUCUGCAGAGUUCAAAGGAGAAAUGUGAAACAAAUGUUUGUUAGGUUGUAUGGUUAGGGUCUGGGGCCUGCACGAAGGUACAGAAACUAGGCACGUGGACAUGUAGAUGCCCAUUUGGGUCAGAAAUUCCUUUUUCUUUGCUUUGUCUAGAGAGACUUCACUAUAGACAAGACCCUGUCUGUUAUCUCUGAACCUGAUUUCUCAUUCACAUUGUGACCUCUGUUGUCUAAAGGAAAGGGCAAUUAAACAAGUGUUGUGAAAGUAUUUUCUUCUCACUAAUGUUGUAAGCUCUCCAAGGACAGGAGUCAAAGCUUUGUUAAUAUACCAGUCAUUUAUUUGAUUCCUCUGGCCUAGAUGUUAGACAGGUUGUUGUGAGCGCUCUGCCCAAAGCAGGUAGAUCCAUGGAAAGUACCUUCUCUAUCUGUCCAGUCGGUUUCUGCCUGGGCAGCCCUGUGCAUUGAGCACUGGCUCCUUAGAAACAUCUGAAAUCUUUCCUCACUCUGCCUUUUGUCCUCCCAUCUAAAGAGACUGUGGCAGAGCUGAGGAAUCUGAGUUCUACCUGUAUCUACAGCAGUGUGUGAUGUGUGCAACAUGAGUGCUGUAUGGGUUCUAGAAAGAUCAUGUUAGGAAGAAUCAGUCUUACAACAUGGGAAAAUUCCAGGGCAGUGAAAAAAUUGACAAGAUAUGUGUUGUCGGUAAUACAUGGGAUGAAAAAUUGAAGGCAGCCAUCACUUCUACCCAGCACCUUUAUAAAGCCUCUUUCUGGUUUGUACUUUGGAUGGUUCAAGGAAGUGACUGUUAAUCCUCCCUGUUUUAUAGACUGGGAGAAUGGAUUCUGAGAGUUUUUAAAAUGGCUUGCCUGAGGCUACAGCUAAUUAUUGUUGGGGAGAUGGGGGUAUGUUGAGGGCUCAGACCCUUAGAUCCCCUGGUUUCCAGCAGUAGGACAUCAUCACUGAAAGAUUCCCCCUUGCUGCCUAGCUAGCAUGCCUUUAAAGGGAGAAGAGUUGAGUGCUUUGCAGCUUGCCUGGUUGGUUCUUCCUGCCACUCACAUCUAGGAUACAGGGAAAGAAGAGCAUUGCAGUUUCAUCACAGAGACCCAUAGCUCCUUUCCUGGCCUUCCCACAGCCAUUUUCCUGCUGGAAGACACUCUUCAGUUUCCAGCAGUGGGUGAGUAUAGGACAAAACGAUGUGCUGGUAGUGUGGUCCUGUGCUGUGGGACAAGAGGCUCACUGUGACUCAGUUCAGAUUUAUUUGCAGGGUAUUCUAAUGUGUCCUGAUUUGGAGUGAAAAGACAGGGUUCAGAGAAAGAGUCCCUCUAAGCAAGUCUCCAUGCACUUCCCAGCCUAAGACUUUAGGGAAGAUGGCUAGCCUAGUCCUGGGUUCUGAGUUCCAGUCUCCAUUCUUCCUUUAACAAAUGGAUCUGUUUUUCUCAUUUUAGUAAGGGAUUACUAAUGUCUCUCUUUCUUCCACAUAUUAUCCUGAAGAUCAUCUAGUGAAUGACUGUAAAGUGGUUGUGAAAUGUUAAUGGGGCCAGGGAACUUCUUUAGAAUGAUGCUACGAUACAUUUCUAACAAACUAUAGUCUCUAAUUAAACUUUUCCAUUGCUUCCUCCAAUAUCCUCUCAUCGCCUGGCGUCUCUCCUCUGCUGUUAACAAAGCCCUGACAUGGCAGUGAUGGACAACAGCUGCAGGUUGGAGGUGGUCAGCCGCUGGGCCCAGAUACCCGCCACAUGGUGUAAUUGCCCUUUGUGAAAUUCUGGGGUGAGAGGUCAGCCCCUCGUUGCCUAUCUUUGUCACUUCUCAGUCAUCUGUAUCCUGGUGGCAGUUGUGUUAUCCCAGCAUCCUCCCCUUACCCCCACCU